AUGGGGAAAAAAUGCGACGUAUGUAGGAAAAAGUGUUCGGGAGAUGUGUUAAAAGCUAAUGACAAGCUUUUCCACGUUUCUUGUUUUCAAUGCAAAAAGUGUCAGCGAUUAUUAGGGGAAUCCGGAUAUUACCAAACUUCCGAGGGCUACUAUUUAUGUCCUGAUGACUAUAGGGGGCUUAAUAAAGAGCGGAAACAAUCGAAUCCCGCAACGCCGGCUAAAACAGCAGAAAAGAUAGUACAUGGAAAAAGCAGAGAAGGCUCGCCAUCAAAAUCACCACAACAUGCACAUUCGCCAACGCCGAUGGAGAAUAUUUCAACAACUUGUGCGGCCUGCGUACAACCAUUAGCUCAAGGCCAAGCUUUACUAGCUUUAAAUCAAUCAUGGCAUGUAUUUUGCUUCAAAUGCAGCGAGUGUGGCGCUAUCUUACAUGGAGAGUAUAUGAGUCAUAAUGGACAACCGCUGUGCCUGCGUGACUAUAAUGAUAAACAUGGCGUGAAAUGUUAUGAAUGUCACAAGUUUAUUGCUGGAAAAGUUCUGCAGGCCGGAAACUACCGCUUCCAUCCUACUUGUGCAAGAUGUACUCGAUGUGGUCUUCAUUUUGGCGGUGGAGAAGAAAUGUAUAUGCAAGGAGAUGAGAUCUGGCAUCCAUCAUGCGAACAUUCUCGUACCACAGAGAAUAUUGCGCCCACAGCCAAGGGAUCAACUUCAUUCAAUAUGAAAGAAGUCAAAUAUCCUUCUUCAUUUGGUCAACAUACUAUCUAUAUGUACUUAAUGCCUGAACCAGAGCUUACGUAUAUGCGUCAUCCAGCCACAAACCAAAAAGAGCCUAAUGCUCCUCAGUACCACGUUCCACAAGGCCCCAUUAAGAUCAGAAAAUCACGCCUUGCUGUUCUUAAGACUGGAAUGCAGCGAUUGGCCGAAGAUUUGGAGAAAGAUAUGCCUAGACCGAAAUCUCCCCAUAUGUGCAACGAGGAACCAAUUGAAUUAGCACAUUACCCAGCUGGUCACGCUCCCGAUCCAAAUCAACCUGUUGCGAUUGAAAGAGAUGAUUUCCCAGCUCCACCAUACCCAUAUGCAGUAGAAGAGUUGAAGAGAAGGCUUUCUACUUCCUCAAUCGAGAAUGAGAUAUCAGAUGAUGAGUCUGAUCUAGAAAACGUUGACGAGGAUAAGCUGAAGAAGACUGUUAAAGAGCUGGAAAAGUAUGAAGAUUCUUCAAUAGCUCAUGUUAUCAAGCAGAACAUCGAAGAGGCCACCAAACGGCAAAGACUCCCUCUUCAUUGGGAUCCUCGUAAUGCGAGUCGUACUCCAUCCGCCAAGAAAAUGCCCCACCUGAGAUUCCGUUAUGAGGUUCCCAUCAAUGCCUCCCCAUCAAGACAUAUGAGUAGACCGAGACCUUGGGUUGCCUGGCAAGGAGGAGAGAGAAAUUUAGGGAACACAUUACCUUGCUUCCAUAUACCUGAGAGUCAAGCGAAUACCCUUCGAGCAUCAACACUGCCGGGACGUUGUAUAUACGGACAUCAGUCAAUGGAAAACUUAGAAGCUGCUACUACUGAGAAUAUUUAUAACACAUCGGGUUCAAACACAUUCAAUGAUGAGCAAACAAGAAUCGGAGGAGACAUGAGGACACCUCUCCGCUCAUCUUUGCCUGACAUGAGCAAACCCGUGAAAACCUACUCAUUGACUGAAUUACAGACAACUAAUAAGGCAAUACCUAACGAAGUAGACAGACAACAUCUGGAGAGACAUUUGACGCGAGAUGAAUUCGAGGCAGUGUUUAAUAUGAGUCCCAUCGAAUUUUAUAAACUGCCAGAAUGGAAGAGGAUAAACUUAAAACGAAAAGCUCGGUUGUUCUAA